AUGGCCAAAAAUCCUCAGGGUGCUGAGCAGUUGAUCAGAUGCCUUCCGUUCUCAACUCCCGUUGAAGCUCGCGACGACUCCGCUAGCAUCAGCAAAAGUGAAGAUGCUAUGCAACACGUUAUCGACUUUAUAACGAACCUACGCUCCGACCAUGAAAACUUCUUAGAUUGCGUCUCUAUAUAUUCUAUUAGUGGUCCCUUUGGCGUCUGGGACUCGCAGCGUUAUGACGGCUUUAAGAAUACUGCGAUUCGAUUUGACCUUGAUUCUUCCUUAUGUGGAAUCCCUAUUACCGAAGCCUCCCUGAAAAAGAACCCUUUGAGGGUAGUUGAUGUGGAAGAAAUACAACCUGGAAAGACUCCACACGGUGCGUACGUGGAUCUCGUACUUAUAUUCUUGUCAGUCCUAACCCUUUCAACACCUGUGGUCAGAAUUAUUGCCUGGCUUAGCAACAUGGAGUGUUCCUCCGGCACGGGAACCGUGAUCGACAACUACACAGUCGUAACUGCUGCCCAUGUUCUAGUCUCCGACUCAGGACAUGCUGUUUCAGUACAAGUUAUUGCUGAGGAAGGGCGUAACAUCGAGUCUCGAUACUGCAAACUAGACAAGCCGUUCGAUACCGUUCAACCUAUUGAAUGCCAGCAGUGUCCUAUUACUAAGGAAAAUGACGCUUACACGACCAUCUAUGGAUUUCCGAAAGAUACGUCUGUAUUUGCACCGUGUGGGCAACUGUGUAUGAGCGAGUCCCCCUUCCAUUACAAUCCAACCUCAAAGAUGAUUGAGCACGAAGGCGAUACUGAAGAAGGAAAUUCGGGUGGUCCCCUCAUCGACUCAUCGGGGAAAGUUUUCGCCUUACAUAGCGGCUGUGUUCAUGAUAAGACGAAAGAUAUGGUGAAUCUGGCUGUCAUGAUCGACCGGGACGGUAACAACAUUGCGGCCUUGCUCCAAGUCCUUAACGGCGAGCAGUCCAUUGAAAGCUCCACCGCGCCCAAUCAACAGUCUGGUAACAGUAUUAGGCUUGUUAGAAAAGCCCAAGGCGUUGAUGGUCUCAUAUUUGUUUGGAGAGACGGCGAAAUCAGAAGGUAG